AUGCCGGCAGCAAUGAAGGCUGUGACGUCACUGGUGGGAAGCCAAGGUGUUGUCUCAGCCACCGAGGUCCUCCUUGCUGCUACCGUCUUCUGCCUGGUCUUCCUGUUCAUCCAGUCCCUCCGAAAGCUGGCCCAGAACGCCCUGAAGACCUUCUCCAUCGCCCCCAGCCCCACCUCCUCCACCUGCCUCCUGGAGGAGCAUGUCUCCAAGGAGGCCGACUACCUGGUCACCAAGUUCCUGCAGCUGAUGGAUGAGGAGAAGAGCUUUGACCCUUACCGCUACCUGGUGGUCUCUGUGGCCAAUGUCAUUUGCGCCAUCUGCUUUGGCAAGCGCUACGACCACAAUGACCAAGAGCUGCUCAAUAUAGUGAACGUAAGUGACCAGUUUGGCGACGUGGCAGCUGCUGGCAACCCCGCUGACUUCAUCCCUGUGCUCCAGUAUCUUCCCAGCCGCACGAUGAGUUUAUUUAAAGAUUUCAAUAAGCGAUUCCUCCAUUUCCUGCAGAAGAUUGUCCAGGAGCACUACAAGACCUAUGACAAGAACAACAUCCGAGACAUCACCGACUCCCUCAUUAAGCAGUGCCAAGAGACAAAAGUGGAAGCAAAUACUGCCACACAGAUCCCUAGGGAGAAGAUCGUCAACCUUGUGAAUGACCUCUUUGGAGCAGGCUUUGACACUGUGACAACUGGCCUGUCCUGGAGCCUCCUGUACCUUGUGAUGUACCCCAACAUCCAGAAGAAGAUCCAGGAGGAACUGGACCAGACCAUCGGCUGGGAGAGGAAACCGAGGCUGUCGGACCGGGGCACGCUGCCCUACAUGGAAGCCUUUAUCCUGGAGAUGUUCAGGCACUCGUCCUUCCUGCCCUUCACCAUCCCGCACAGCACAACCAGGGACACGGUGCUGAACGGCUACUACAUCCCAAAGGACCGCUGCGUGUUUGUCAAUCAGUGGCAAGUGAACCAUGAUGAGAAACUUUGGAAGGAUCCACUGACCUUCAACCCAGACCGUUUCCUCAAUGCCAAAGGGACUGAAGUGAACAAAGCAGAUGGGGAGAAGGUGCUGGUUUUCGGCCUGGGGAAAAGGAAGUGCAUUGGGGAGCCCAUUGCCAGGUGGCAGGUCUUCCUUUUCCUGUCCACCUUGCUCCAGCAGCUGGAGUUCAGUGUCUGCGAUGGCAAGAAGGUGGACAUGACGCCACUCUAUGGACUGGCCCUGAAGCACAGAAGAUGUGAGCACUUCCAGGUCAAGCAGCGCUUCCCCAUGAAGAGCAUCAACUGA